AAGCAGUCAUAAUCAAUCCCUCACCGAAUUCAAUCAUCCUAAAGCAACAAAACACCAUUACUCAACCCCUCAUGUAGUGACCUUGCAUGUUCUCAUAAAGACCUACAAGGCCACAAACCAAACCAGAUCACAGCAAACUCCACAAGCAUCCGUCCAUCAAUCCAUGGAAACACUCUUCUAUGAACUCUCCAUCUUUGCCAAUCAAGCCCUAGAUGACCAACACUUCGACCCCUCCAAGAUAGAAGACCUCAUGGCCCUCUUUGAGCAAGAGGCCUAUAUCUCCUCGUCUUCAUCUGAAUUGCACCAUGAAACCACCAUGACUAAGGUUGAGAACCAGCUCAAUGCUCUCAUGGAUGAGGCCAUGGAAGAGUACUACAAAUGUUGUGAUGAGGCCGAACGUUGUUGCCAAGAGGAAAUGUCAGCGUUGCUUGAUGCCGCCGAGAGGGCAAAGAAGUUAGGCCAAUCUCUCAGCUGUGCAGCUUCUAUUUUGUCGAAGAAGUAUAUUGAUGCUGCACGCUCCUCCGCUGUUGCCACCAUGAAGUCCGCCUUCUCUUCCGUUUCUAAGGUUCAUCCCAACAACUACUAGACUCAUUUCAGUGAUUUCACUCAAUCGCACUGUACUGUCCAAUAAAGGUUCGAGAUACAUUUAAAUCAUUCAUCUCCCUUUGUUAUCUCUUAUGUUAAAUCAAACUCAGUCUAAGCAAGAAUUUAGUUCUGUAUGAUUGCAUCCGGGUUUUUUUAAAUACAUGCGUAUUUAUUCUA